AUGCCCCCCAAAAAAGUCAAGGCCCCCGUCGAGAACACCGUCUCCCUCGGUCCCCAGGUCGCUGAGGGUGAAACCGUCUUCGGCGUUGCUCACAUCUUCGCCUCGUUCAAUGACACUUUCGUCCACAUCACCGAUUUGUCGGGCAAGGAGACCAUCACCCGUGUUACCGGCGGAAUGAAGGUCAAGGCCGAUCGUGACGAGUCCUCCCCCUACGCUGCCAUGUUGGCUGCCCAGGACGCUGCUGCCCGCUGCCGCGAGGUUGGAAUUAACGCCCUCCACAUCAAGCUCCGCGCUACCGGUGGAACUGGCACAAAAACCCCUGGCCCUGGUGCCCAGAGCGCUCUCCGUGCUCUUGCUCGUGCUGGUAUGGGUAUUGGACGCAUUGAGGAUGUUACUCCCGUCCCCACCGAUUCCACCAGACGCAAGGGUGGUCGCCGUGGUCGCCGUCUCUGA